CAAAAUGGCCGGCAUCAGAGGUUGAUUGGGUUGGCAUUUACAGCAGCAAUUGGGAUCACAUUCUUACUUCUAGGAUGUGCCCUUCCACAAUUCAACAACUGGUGGCCUAUGUUUGUACUGUUCUUCUACUUCCUGUGCCCGGUGCCGACAGUUAUUGCCAGACGAUUGGCCAGCAGCUUUGACUCAGCCAGCAGUGCAUGUUCGGAGCUGUGUAUCUUCCUCACGACGGGCGUCGUGGUGUCCUCCAUAGGGCUGCCUGUCAUACUGGCACACACUGGGAUUAUUCAGUGGGGAGCAUGUGGCUUGGUGCUGUCUGGGAAUGUGAUUGUGUUUCUCACAAUAUUGGGCUACUUUUACGUAUUUGCCGGCGAUGACUUUGACUACAGCAUGUGGUGAUAUUUCUGCAAAGGGAGAUAACCACAUUUUGUUAAGUUAUAAAACCUCGGUGCAUUAAUGAACACUUUACAUCAGUGCUCAAAGAGACAUGAGAAAGGAAAAAGGCCUUUACUACCCGGAAUACCUACAAGAGUAGUAGACCAUCCCCUUCUUUUGAAGCCAGGGCAGUCUAUUCAUUAUGAAGGGUUGAGGCAGGAAUAUAAACAUCCUUUGUGCAAGUCGAGCUUUGAUCAUCUAAUGUGUAAAUAUUGAUAUUCUUAGAGAAGAGAUAUAGAACUAUGUACUUUAGCCGUGAUGACAGGUUGGACAUAUUAGGUUACUUAUACGAAGGUAAGGGAGAUAACUAUUUGUGACAGAAAUAUUCCUAAAUGGACAACUUAAACUUGAACAUUCUAAUACGACAAGGAUGGGUCUAUAAUAAGUUUUCAUAUUGCCAGAUCAAGUGAUGUAUAACCUGAAUAAUGACUUGGUAUAUAAGUGCUCUAUUGCAAUCUCCUUAAAGUCAGAUCCCAUUCACAGCACCAAUAUUACUUCAAUGGUUCCCCCUUUGUUUCGGGAGUAGAUGCCAUGGGGCUCAGAAACGAGAGGGUAUAUAAAAUGUCCACAUAUAAUUUAUUUUAUAAAUAUUUAUUAAUAUAAUAUAUUUAUUUAACUUCAUUUUCAAAAUCUUCACUCACUCGUACUGAGAAUUAAGAAUCCUUGACAGUGAUAUGGUGAUUAGAAAGGUAUCGUAUGGGAGUGAAAGAUCUGAUUUUAAUGAGAUUGCUCUAUUUGAUGAGUGGUAAUUUGAUAAAGAGGUUACUUUAGUUGUGAAUAUCCUCAUGACAGUGGUUGAAGUAGUUAAAUCCUUUGAAGUAUUGACAAGUGAGGAUCUGUGUUUGUGGUUAUAACUUGACAUAAAAGUGAUAAUGUGUUCAGUUCAUCAAUACCUCAUGUAGAGAGAUUCGUUUCCAAUCUAUUUGCAAAUGGGCAAGAAAUGCCUUCAGCAGUGUUUUCAUUAUUUUCUUUCAUGUAAAGACAACAACAAUAUCCUAAUGGCGUAUUCUACUCAAAGGAAGUUUAAGAACAUCUGAUCCUUUCAAAUAACUAUAGUUAUUCUGACCUGCCAUGACAGAUAAGCUGUAGUAAUUUGAAAUAAGUGGAUUCUCUUUAACUUUCGAGUAGCGAACAUGAUAUGAGCAAGGAAAUAUGCUGAAGCUUGACUACCCAAGUAAAAGAUAAAUUGAAAGUCUAAUACUUUUCACAACUGAUGAAACCUGUUUAUUAUUUCAGAAAAUUAUCUUAAUGUAAUUGAAACCAUGUUGCAAAAUGUGGACAAAUGUCCAAGUGACAUUGACGUUAUUCAUUCAAUCAUGUAGAAAGGGAAAGGAGGUGUGGUAGAGUAGCCUAGUGGUCCAAGCUGUUGUCUCUCAGGCUGAAGGCCUUGGUUUGAUUCCCAAUAUUGGUACAAUGUGUGAAGCCCAUUCAUGGUGUCCCACUAUAAGAGUGCUGGAACAUUUCUGAUAGAGCUGCCUCACUAACCAGAGAAAUUUGUACCACCUUGAUUUGGCUCUUGAUUUGGUCUUCUUUUGUUUUAUUUGUUGCUGUUUCUGUUAAAUGUUAACCAGUGGAGCAUGCCUUGUAUUUUUGAAGUGUACAAAGUCAGCAUGGUCCAUUUCUCAUUUUCAUGUUGCAGGUUGAUAAACCAGCUAAUUGUAUUUUAUUAUUUUUUUAUGUCAUAGAGAAUCAUGAAUAAAUACCAACAUAGCUGAAUAUCAAAGUAUUUAUUUGCAAUUCCUUGUAGGCCUGUAACAGUUCGUCUAAGUAUCAAUACAUUGUCAUGUAUGAACAUAUACGGUCAUGUAUUGAUACAAAUUGAUACUUUUAUUUAUAAAGAGGAUUUAAACAAUUUAUUGUAUGUACCAUACUCUAAGACUUGUGUAGCAAAUAUUGUCUUAAUCUGUUUGGAUCAGGUGUGUAGUCAUUUUCUUUGGUUUCAUCCUCGAUUAUCCUAUCUCCUUCUGGGAGAUAUAGACCCUCGACUUAGAAUAUCUCCAUCACUAACUUACAGGACAGGAUUUCUCUUGUCAUGAGCUUGAAUCAACCAAUAAAAAUUCCCUUUUGAAUGUUAGUUCAGUAUAGAUCUAUAAAUUAUCAGGGGGUACAGGUGGCCCAGUCGUCUACGGCGCCACAAUUCGCUGUGCAGAAUUGCAUCACUUGGGCAUGCCAGAAACUUAUGAUUGUUGGUUCGAUUCCCGGUUCGCCCCGAUUAUGUUUCUAGG